CUUAAAUUGAGCAGAGACCUGCAAUUCAACUUUCUGGAAAACCUGUUACAUGAGAAAAAAGAAAUAUUAAGAGCGAGCUCAAAAGUCAAAGCAUAAUACUAGUUGUAAAGGUACUUGAAGUCAUUUAAGAAAGUGUUAAGUAUGCAAAAAUAAAAGAUUGGUUGCACAUUUUUUUAAUUCUGCUACACAAUUUCUGCAUGAAUAUGGGUAAAUAUAUUUUUUCUGGGACGUAGUUUAUUACUUUGCACUUAAUGUGUUAUUGAUUAAACUGGUCAGUAUAUUUAGAUUCAGUGCUUAUGUUCAAAGUACUGAGAUAAAAUCCUGUAUGAUUCCAGUGUUUUGCUUUCUGUAAGUACUGAAUUUCAUCUUGCCUCCAGCUGAUGGCAACGACAUUUGAAAAAAAAGUGUGAGGCAGCUCUUCUGGUAUUUUUGGAUGCAAAUUUGGAAAGCAUUUUGGAAUAUCUGUUUAACUCAUUGUGUCAGGUUUCAGAUGCACAAAAUUGAGAGCGCUCUAAUCGUAACCUCAAUGCUUUAUGUUUCUGCAGCUGUUUUAAGAUAAAAAUGAAUGCUUUCAAAUCCUAAACAUAUGUUACAUUUCAAAUAAAAUGGUGGUUGUUCUUUUUAAAAGCACAGGCUGCUUUCUGCCAAGAUUGAGGUAGACCUUUGUGAUCUGGUUUCUGUAUUUAUAGAAGCCUAAUCAAAGCUUUCUCCUGCAAGAAAACAAUGAUCAGCUUCUGAGCAUGUGAUCUCAUGGUGCUGAUGUGAAACUCUUUCAGAUACUGUGUCUGUCCUUCCUUCCUCAUGCCUUUGCUGUACUUCUCCAAUAGUGUGUUGCUAUAUAAGUGCUCAGCUGCAAUGUCAUAUAACCAACUCCUGCCUGAGCCCUGCUGGUAUGUAAGGUUGAGCUCUCUUGGAGAAAAGCUGCGUGUUUCCUCUCUGCUAGAGACUGAGCUACACAUACAUGGUGCUGCUUCCUUUCAGAUUGGUUGCUUAAUCUACUUUUAACUAGGUGGUUUUGUUUUCUCUGAGAACUAUGGACAAGACUGUGCCAAUUGAAACCAUUUCACUUGCCUGUUCUUGCUUGAAGACAGAUUUUCACAUCUAGUUUCCAGUGCCAUCAGUGGAUGUUGGCAGUAAUAAGCCAUUUCUUACUAUUUGGAAAUGUUCUGUUUUCUUGCAUAUGUUAAAUACUGUGAAGUUAGGUAUUCUACAGGAAAAUCAGGUAGGCAGAGCAGACAUUACAUUUGAAGCGCAAAUUCUCAGAUCUUUGUCAAGGAACAGAAAUAAUUCUGCCAAAAAGACUAACAUGCUCUUCAGAAGUUUAACCUCGUGUUCUGUUAGAUAUUAUUAUGGGCUUGUUCUUAAUAAACAAAAACCCACUGGUUUCUCCUUGCUUCUCCCCCUUUUGAACAGCUUUUUUUACCUUUCUUGCUUUCCUAUACCCUUUGUGCUGGGCUUCUUCCCCUAGGCGAUGAAUGACUUGUCUCAUACAAGCUUUGGCUUCUGCAUACAGCCUAGAUGCAACUAAUACCACAUGGAGGGAUGCUUGGAAAACUGAUAAAUUUUGUUUUGUUAAUGGCAUGUUUUGCGGAUUGGAUUUUUAACCCACUACUUUCUGCAUGGAUGUAUAAUAAUGACUCUUUUGUUUAACAUUAGAUAAGCAUGAGAUCACCGUGACACAGCUGCAUGUGUAGUCACUCUUGAAGCAAUUGCACACCUAAUUGGCUGACAAUCUUGGCAUUUUUAAAACAAACACAAGCCUUUUAAAGACAGGGGACAUAUUUAUGUAUGAAUAGUCAAAUAAACCUGUUGGGUGUCAUCAAUGGAGCCCUCUGGCACUGAACAGUUGUGUGAUGACCCUGAUCCUGGAGGCAAAUCCCAAGAUCAAGAGACCAAAAAACAACAUGAAUCAGAGCAAAAAUUAUCCAAAAUAACCCAUAAUGCUUUGGAGAACAUUAAUGUGAUUGGUCAAGGCUUGAAGCACCUUUUCCAGCAUCAGCGCAGGAGGUCAUCAGUUUCUCCGCAUGAUGUUCAGCAAGUUCAGGCUGAUCUGGAGCCUGAGAUGGAUUUGGAAAGCCAAAGCGUCUCUGCUGAAAUUGAUGGUGUCUCCACCCACCCCACAGCUCUGAACCGGGUGCUCCAGCAGAUCAGAGUGCCACCUAAAAUGAAGAGAGGGACGAGCCUGCACAGCAGGCGGGGCAAGGCAGACGCCCCAAAAGGAAGCCCGCAGAUCAACAGGCGGUCUGCCCAAGAUAUUCAAUCAGGUCGACCCAGAUCGUCAUCUACCACAGAUGCUCCCACAAACUUGUCCGUGAUGGAGAUUGCUUCUUCUAUCUGUGUAGGUGGAGAGGAGGCCACAGCAGCAAUCGAGCGAUUGGAAGUCAGCAGCUUAGCGCAGACCUCCAGUGCAGUGGCCUCGAGCACUGAUGGCAGCAUCAAUGCAGACUCUGUUGAUGGCACCCCGGAUCCUCAGCGAACAAAAGUGGCUAUCACACACUUACAACAGAAAAUACUGAAGUUGACCGAGCAGAUCAAAAUUGAACAAACAGCCCGUGAUGACAACGUGGCAGAGUACCUGAAACUGGCCAACAAUGCAGACAAGCAGCAGAGUGCCCGCAUUAAGCAAGUGUUUGAGAAGAAAAAUCAAAAGUCAGCCCAGACCAUCUUGCAGCUGCAGAAGAAACUAGAACAUUACCAUCGAAAGCUGCGAGAGAUUGAACAGAAUGGGAUCCCUCGGCAGCCAAAGGAUGUCUUCAGGGAUAUGCAUCAGGGUUUGAAAGAUGUUGGAGCAAAAGUCACUGGUUUCAGUGAGGGAGUAGUAGACAGCGUAAAAGGUGGGCUUUCCAGUUUCUCCCAAGCUACGCACUCAGCAGCAGGAGCUGUGGUUUCCAAACCCCGGGAGAUUGCCUCCCUCAUAAGGAACAAGUUUGGGAGUGCAGACAACAUUGCUAAUCUGAAAGACUCCUUAGAAGAAGGCCAGGAAGAUGGAACAGGAGGCAAGGCUCUAGGUGUUAUUCAGAACUUUCAGUCAAGCCCAAAAUAUGGCAGUGAAGAGGAUUGCUCCAGUGCCACGUCGGGCUCUGUGGGAGCCAACAGCACGACAGGGGGCCCUGUGGGAGCUUCUAGCUCCAAAACAAACACUCUGGAUAUGCAGAGCUCAGGGUUUGAUGCAAUACUGCAUGAGAUUCAAGAAAUUCGAGAGACACAGGCAAGACUGGAAGAAUCAUUUGAGGACCUUAAGGUUCGCUAUCAGAGGGAUUACUCAUUAAUAAUGCAGACUCUGCAGGAGGAGCGGUACAGAUGUGAAAGACUCGAAGAGCAGCUAAAUGACCUGACAGAGCUCCACCAGAACGAGAUCCUCAAUUUAAAACAGGAGCUGGCCAGCAUGGAGGAGAAAAUUGCCUAUCAGUCUUACGAGCGAGCCCGGGACAUCCAGGAGGCACUGGAAGCGUGCCAGACCCGCAUCUCCAAGAUGGAGCUGCAGCAGCAGCAGCAGCAAGUGGUGCAGCUGGAGGGGCUGGAGAACGCCACGGCCAGGAACCUGCUGGGGAAGUUCAUCAACAUCCUCCUGGCUGUUAUGGCUGUCCUCCUUGUCUUCGUCUCCACUGUGGCCAACUGCGUCGUGCCCCUCAUGAAGACUCGCAAUAGGACGUUCAGCACUUUAUUUAUAGUGGUUUUCAUGGCCUUUUUGUGGAAGCACUGGGACGCCAUCACCGGCUACUUGGAACGGUUCUUGUCGCCCCCCAGAUGAUGGCGGCAGGAAUUGGCUGCGUCACCCUCCUCCCGCGCUCUCAGUGAGCAAGCGUGGCAAAGAUUAGUCAGCAACUACUCCGCUGAAGUUUUAAAGUGUCCGAGUGAAUUUGUUUACAUUUAGAAUAACGUUUUUUCUCUGCGAGAUGCAUUGCAAUAGUAUUUUUUAGAUUUUAUUCAAGAACUCUUUUUGGCGAGAAUCCUGGAUAAUUUUUAUGUAGCAUGGUUCUCUUUGGAUGCAAAUCUUAAGAUUCUUUAAAGUGUACAAAAGAAAUAAAUAAAAUACAGAAAUUUGGAGCAUACCAAUGGGCAAUUUAAAUUGUGGCUUGAACUACUGUACUAAACCUGUCAGGAAGAAGAGAGCGUGGUUAGCUUAAGAUGAACAAAGCUAAAUCUAGUGCACAGCCUUGAAUGAUGGUACCACAGCAAACCUGUAACACUAAACUUUUACUGUGAAGUCUGCUCACAUUCCAUGUCCAAAUGUAUGCAUUCAGAGUGAUUUCUUUCCUUAACAAGAGAAAAAACAACAACGCGUGGAUCUCUUUCCCAGCUCAGCGUCUGGGUUCACCAUUUGUGCUAACCUGACUUACAAUAACUUUCUAUAAGGCUGGCUAACUUGGCUAAGCAUAUGAAGUGGAAGCCUCAUGCCAUACACAGUAACUGCACAGUCGUGAUACAGUAUUUUGAAGUAGUCCUUGAAAUACUUAUCUUUAAGCAGAAGCCCUUGGUCGCACUUUUAAGGUUUUUUUUAUAUAUGUAUAUUCACAGAUUUAAAAAAAAUCCGAACAGCAUACUUGAAGAGUGUAAUACUCAAACUCUCAGUGCUUCCUUAUUGUUUCUAAUAGGAUUUUUUAUUAUAAUUAUUAUUAUUAUUAUUA